GAAACAAAAAGCAAAAGCAACGAGCUUGGUGAUUUUAUGCAAAUUGCAUACGAGUACUGCACAUAUAAUGUACCAGCAAUACUGUACAAGUUGCUUUAUGUUAAGCCUCAAAGUACUGCUCAUAAUGAGGAAUAAUACAACGUUUUAUUUUCUCCGAUUCUCAGUAUCACAUCCACCCAUAAUCUAAGUCACUUCUACAGCGCUUGCUUUCCUUGAGUCCACAGCAAAUUUGUUCGAUUGGAUUAUCUAUGAAAGAUGUAAGCUUACAUUUUGGAACAGACAGCGUCACUUUUAAUUUGGAUCUGCAGAUGGUGGCCAUACUUAUAAUGCGUGCUAAGUUUGCUGUUAAACUAUAAGAAGUGCACCAGAAAAGGACCCUACCAUUUGUAUGGAUCACGAAGCAGAUUUGCGAGUUAAAGAUGGCGAUGGUCCUGCAUCACAAGCCCAUCUGGAUGCAAUCUUUGGCCAGUUUCAAGAUAAGGAUCCUAUUUUGGAUUUUCCCAAAUUUCAGAAUGCACAGCCUGUUAAAAGAGGAUCUGGCAUCUUGUCGAAUGUUCGCGAAGAACGCAUCAUGGCUCGGCGCAAGCGGUUGGAGCAACGUCUGGCUCGCCAAGAUCAAAAGUCUAACACGGAGGAACAGAUCGAAGAUCAGCACGAAGAGAAAAAGACAGCCAGGAUGCCAUCCUUUGCACCAGUGGCGGAAAGCGCAAAGAACUUCCGGAGAAACGUUGCGAAACAAGAAGACGUCCUCCAUGGUUUCGUUAAAACUGUAUGCCACCGUCGAAUCCAGCGACGUCGUGCCGUUCGCCAACAUCUCGCCUUAUUAGAGCAACGCAUCAAGGAGAAUAAAGCCUUAAGCUCCCAACGAAUGCAAGCCAAAUUCCGGAAGUAUUCUGAAAUCGGUCAUAAAACGUUGGCACUGGAUGAAUUGGUGAUGCUCCUAGAAAAAUAUCGGAAAUACGGUCAAGAGCUGGUCAAAUCGAAACAAUCGUUUGUCGAGGAGAUUGAAGAUGAACUGAAAAGCCUGGAUGAUAAUUUUACUCGCAUACUGCGAACAUAUCAGAGGGACAUUGAUGGAGUUAGGAAGAAGGCUUGGGAGUUUUGCACGAAGCUGGCGGCAUUUGGAAGGAAAGAAAUUUACGAAUUAAACAAAAUUGUGAUCGGGAUUGAACACGACUACACAAGGAAGGUUAACGGCCUGUGGGAACAAGGUUACGCCCAAGUCAGAGCGAAAGAUGAUGCGAUUACUGUCCAAAGGGAAGAGUUACUAGACGAAAUACUGGGCAACAUGAAGGUCCUCCGCACAGCGAAACUGGAUGCUUAUAUGGAUGUAAAGAUGAUCCUGGAUAACGACAUUGUCUUAAUGACGGAGCAACUGCAGAACAUGCGAGCCAGCUUCCUGGUUAAUGCUGAGAAGCUGGAUUACAAUUUGGAAAUUCUCCAACUGCGCGAAGAGGAAUCGAUGAAAACCAAGAAUAAACAGAAACGCAUCAUCACAAAGAUUCAAGAUGAAUUAGCGCGUGCAACCAAUGAAUUACGAUCAGCGGAGAAGCGAACCCGUGCAAAAUUAGUUAAGUACAAGAACCACUACAUUGAACAAACGAAAGAGCUGAUUCAAAUGCACGAAACGCAUGAAGAAUCAGUUGGAAAAGAAUGGGCCAUGUUUCGGGAUUGCUGGAUAUCCAAUGAACUUGCAAUACGAGACACAUUCCGAAGCCUGGUGCUUAUUGAUCGCUUCAUCACUGAAGAAGUGUGCAAUCGCACAUGGUCACCGCCACCUUUAUUCUUUCUCUCCCACAUCGGACCAAUUCACGCUCCACGAUGGCGGCAGCUGCUGGCUACGUGGAGCAGCUACUACGAGCAACUCCAGGCGCAAGCGUGCGCAACCACCGAGCCCAUGAUCUCCCAUGAAACGGCGUAUGUCUAUCAGUUGCAUAAGCAAUGCUGGAACAUUCUCAAUACCAAAAGCAAACGGCUCAGCAUGUUCCGGUCGCUGUCGCUGGUGCGCCGGUUCCACUCUCCUGGCACCAACCUGCAGAAUAAGAUGAGCAGUGUGCAGAAAGCAGCGGUGGCAUUGCCGUCACAUAUCCUCGGCCCGGUAUUGCGCUGGAUUCUUAACCAUCUGGAUUUCUUCAACGAGGACUACACGAUGGACGUGAUGAAUCAGCUGCACUGGCAGGACAAAUUUUGUUUCCAGGUGGAAGCUUUCCUUAACGAGUUCAAGGAUUUGCAUUAUGAAGAUCUGUGUGAGUUGGCCAUGUUCUUUCUGCGCUUCAGCCGGUACGCAAAUGCCAAGCAGGCCCGCAACGAAGUUGUGGAUGUCAAUGGCCCCGAAGUGCAGGACAUGCUCAGGAACGUAACCGAAGAAGAAUUACGCGACGCCAGGAUCGAGUUCAAUGAUGUCUUCGUGGCACUGGCAGCGUUCAUGGAUUACAAGGAAACCAAAGUAGUCCAUGCAGUAGAUUAUAAUCUUGUGAAGGCGAAAGGUAAAGGUCGCGAUCCAUCAGCCGAUAAAGAAUACCUGGCGCAGUACUUAACGGCAUUCGAUUUGGAGAAGAAGGCCAUCGAAUGGGAGCAGCUGAUGUAUGGAAUUCGCAAGGAAGCACAAAUUUCGGACAACAAAUUGAAAUUAGCCACGCAAACCCGGCUCUUGCGAGAGCGGAAUCAGCGCCUCAAGCAAAUCAUGCACACCCAGCUGUCGAUUAAUCUGCAGCCGAGUCCCCAUGACGAUUAUUCCAAGUUCAUCUUUCCCCCGUUGUGGUCCAAGAUGGACGAGGUAGCGCGUGAGCUCAGCUUGGAAGUGUCGAAAAAGCCGCAUCCUGUGCCGAGAUUUAAGCCCCACCGGCGCGUGUCUUUUGACAACUUAGCCAUCAAAAUGUGAAUUCUUUAGCAGUUUCUUAGUAACUUUAUUUAGCUGCUUUUUGAUAACGUUGACCUAACUGUUUGGAAGAUUGUUAUCACAAAAGCGAAACUGGUAGUUUUCGACUUUUCGUGGAAGAUCUGCACAAGCGGCGCAUAUCGAAACAGUAAAAACGGAUGAC